AUGACAUUUCUGAAUAUCUUAUCGUGUUCAUUCAGAGUAACAAUAUUUUAUUUUGUCAUGUAUCCGACUACACAGGAAUAUGCCUUCUUUAAGAUCCUGCCAAGUUUUACUGUGAUCUUCUCAAAUUCGACUAUAACAUCUGCCCGUAGUAAAAUCGAUUGUGCACUCAUGUGCGGAGAAUUAUAUUGUGAUUACUUUGCUUACGGUACAGUGAAUACAAUAUGUGAAUAUGGUAAAUCUAAUACGACUUAUUUUAACUCAUCGUUAAACGGAAACGUAACCGUCGGACAAAGGUUAUACACAAAUGCAUCAGUUCCACUAAGGAGCGAUUCAACGUCGCAGAUCUUCGAAAUAGGCAAGGAAUCUGCUUACAAGAAAUUAUUGAAAGCCAUUUCUAUCAUUCGGACAUUCUUGGCACCCGGCCAAGACCGUGAGAUUAUCAUAAAUUUUGAAAGAAAUGUUAUAAAACGUAUACUUCCGCAAGAAGAGGCCAAGGCAGAAUGCAAACUAAAUGGAGACAUAUUGGCGAUUAUCAAGUCACUAGACGACGGCCAGAUGGUUCAUCAAAUGCUUAUUGAUGAGGCUCCGAAUGAUCACGUUUGGAUAGGAUUAAAAUACAACUUGACUCUACAGAAAUAUGUAUGGGAUAAUGGUAUAGUAUUUGACAAUGGAUUUGAUAGUUUAUGGGGUGAUAGCGAGCCCAACCAAAUAGAAACUAAAUUGUGUGUGGUGUUCAAUGAAGACGAAAGAUUGUUAGACACAAAAGACUGUUCUACUUUGAAUUACCCUCUAUGCUCAAACUAUUAA